UCUACCACUGACACGUUAAUUCGAUAUCGAAGAAAUGAAAUAAAAAAAAUCCUCCAUCUCUCCAAAUUAAGACAGAAUGACCCUGAAUGCGCUUAUUAUCAGUGAGUGAACAGUGAGGGAAUGUCAGGCACUCCAGUGAGUGAGCAUAAAUUUUGAUAGCGGUAAACAAAGCAAAACAAAUUGAAUCACUAAUUUAAUUGACAAAGUAAAAGGAAAAAUUAUUAGAAUUUUUAUCUUUGCGUCGGGAGAUUUUUUUUUGUGCCAAUUUUUUUACUCGGUUUUGGUGACAGUUGUGGGUGAGGGUGAAACCCCCUUCCGGUGUCAUAUUUCAAUAUGACGCGUGAGAGUGCGAAUAAAGAGGAGAGAAACCUCGAGUGAUCAAUCAAGAUUGUUCGAUAAUUAGCCUCGAGGCUAGUGGCAAUUAAAUCGAACUAAUGAGUGAGUAGAGCUGUUAGGAUAAACAUGUACGUGCGAAGGUGUGGAUUAAGUCCGAGUGGUGUGGAUGGAGAUGUGAGGAGAGUUUGACGCUGACAAGCCACAACUCCCCGACAAUUGAACCGAGGGAAGUCGCAUCAUAAGAAUUCCGACACCUCCGCAAAAACAAAACCCAGAAAAUAAUACCAUUGAAAACGUGGUCAUGGUCAUUGACCAAAAAAUAAAAUGUAGUAAUGAUUGAAUGGCUAUUUCUGGAGGUCGUUUGAUGUACCAAUUUAUGGUUGGCGUUACGACCCCGGGGGUAACGAGGAUGGCCAUGACCUCAGGAACAAAUAAGUGGGCUUCGAGGGUUGUGGUGAUCCUUCAGCUUGCAGCAUGGAGUGCUGUUGGUAUAGUGCUGCUUCAGAAAGGAGUUACGUCAUUGCAAAAAAAACCACACGAUAGUAAUAACGACACGCAGACGACCCCCAGUUCCCAGAAUAUCCGCCAGCAGCCGGAGCUCGCAGUGAUCCCGAUGAUCGAGCAGAACCUGCGAAACCGUCUCGACAAAAUUCCGUGGAAGGACCCCGAGCUGGACCCGGAGGACGAGCCCCGUGUCCUGGAGAGCGUGGAGUCCCCGAAGAGCGACGAGUCAUUAAAAAAUACCCAGAAGACUGCGAAGAAGCGAACGAAAUGGGCUGAUCUCGAGGACAACUCCUUCCCCAUCUCCACCUUGAAGAACCCAAUCUCCCUCGAAACAGAAAGACUCGACGAUAAGACUGACGACUUCAACAUCACAGAUAGAAUACCCCAGAUGCCUGACGAGCCAGGAACAUCGAGCCCUCCCCCGACAACGAAAACAGGGAUCUGGGAGUCUCGUAGACGACUCAGACUGUCUCACCUGAGUGGAGGUGGUGCAGCAGCAGCUGUCGCCAUGGUGGCAGUGGGUGCAGUGAUGCUGGUGCUGGGUCCAGCUGUCAUUGUCCUUCGGGCACUGGACGAGAGACGACAGGAGAGGAGAUUUUUGAAACUGUCCGGACGGGAUGACCUCCCACCGACGUAUGAACAAGCUACUUUGAUGGACGAAGCUCCUCGUUACUCCAGUCUCAGUUUGAAUACUAUCCUGGGACCACCACCGCCACCCUCACCCACACCAGCUCGAGUGCAUCUUGUGUGAAGAUGAUGAAGAGCGCAAAGAGGUGGGGCAGAACGAAAUGAGUGGGUUUUUACGUUUUGUUAGAGGUCCAGUUAGAAGUGGAUUUGAGAGGAAAAUUAAUGGGAAAUUUAUAGGAAAUUUUGCAAGGUGCAAAAGAGGUUUGGAGACAUUUUCAAGUAGAAAUACUUGUUUUGGAGAUGAUUGCUCUAUUUUCGAGGAGCGGAAUGAGAAGAAUGGAAGAAUAGAUUUUUUGUUCUGUUGAAUUUGAAAUUAUCUUGCUAAUGAGAGGAUCUAGGAGGAAAAGUUAUAAAGGAUUUUUUGUUGUUAAUUUUCUCAGCUACAAAAAGUAAAUUUGGCAUUUUUUUUGUAAAAUCACUCGUUAUUUAGAUAAUUUUAGAUUUUUUCAGUCAUGAAGUGGUAAACCUUGAAGGAUCAAUGCUUCAUGUUCUAUUGAAUUCGGAAUAAAUUGAUUCAGAUAUUUUUUGUUGGCAAUUUCAUGGAUUAGAAAAAGUUCAUUUGACAUUUUCUUGAAAAAUCCCUUGUUUUCGAGAUAAUUGAAUAACUAUUCCAUGAUUAAGUAAAAAUGAAAACUCACAUUUUCCCAUCUAUAUAAAUCUGAAAUUAUCCCCAUAAUGAGUGGUUAAAAAAACUCCAUAAAGUAUUUUUUACUCCAAAUUUCUUCACGGACAAAAAAAGCAUUACAAAAAUUCUAAGUUGUCACAACUCAAAGAAACAAUUCCUGAGGACAACCAAAAGAAGUGAUGACGAUAACAUAUCUAAGUGUUCUUACAUUAAAAACAUUGAUAAGUCAAUCCCGCGCUCGAAUGAAGAAUCAUUUAAAUGCAGUGAGUCAUUGAGUCAUCGAAAGCUCCGUCCAAAAACGAACCAAAAAGAGAAUAUAAAAAUCAAGUUACUCGAGUGCAACAAACUUUGACGUGAAAAUUUACAAGACAAUGAGAAUAAAAAUGAUACCCGAGUGACUGAGGUGGUGAUCUUCAUUGGCCUGUGAUGACAGUGACUUCACUCCGGGCCUUUACCACAAGCCGUCGAGAGCAAUUAUCCUUAAUUGACCGGGAAUUGACCCCGUCGAACUCUCGUACAGUCGCAACUUGUGAGUUCCAAUGAUUAUUGCAUUUGUAUCGUGUUUAUGAAUGUACAAAUCAAAUAAUUAAAUUGUUUUGAUAAUUUAAAAGACGAUAGUGAUGAGAGUAAAUGGAUUCGGUGGUGGAGGGAGUGAAAAAUAAAUGAGAAGGCAUCCAACAUUUUUUGUAAUUGUGAAUUAAUGCAGAAGAUAAGUGAUUUUGGGAUGAAAUGUCGAAUAAAAAAGCUUUGCUGACAUUUUUCGCUUAAAAAAAUGUGAUAAAAGCGAGUUCAACGAUUUGGAAAUUUUCAUAAUUUAAAAAUUAACUCGAGAAUGAGUAGUUUUAGGAGGAAAUAUCGUAAAUUUUUUUUUGUAGCCCUUAAAAUUGUGUACAAAACUGUCAAACUGUCAUGUGAGCAAUUUUUUUCAAGUGCGAAUGAGUUUCCUCAUGACUUGAAAAUGUUUGAAUACCCUUAGAUCAUCGUCUUUCGCCCCUCCACUCCCAAAUAUUCAUAAUCGCACGUUAAAUGUCCCCUCGAAUCGCGAAAAUCGAGUCAUCGAGGUAGUUUAGUCGUUCUUGUGUGAUCAGGUGUUACAAUUGAAUGUUAAUUCGACUGAUGCGAGUGAAUCGUUCAUCGAACACUUCCCGUCAAGGAGAAUAUUCCAACAGCAUUAACCAAGAUUCAGAAUUGUACAUAUGACUAGUGUUAUAAUACUUUAUAUAUUUAUAAAAAAAUUAUUUGUAGAGAGACGAAUAAAGUUACUUCGAACUUUUGAUUACAAAUGACGUGAGUGUUUCGUCAUUAAUCGAUAAAACAAUCAUCGACUUAACGAUCAUUCAAUAAAAACUAAAAAAUCA